AUGACCACCAGCGCGUUAGCCGGGAUUUUUGCGGAGGCUACGUUGACGGUCGACGUGGCAAAGAAGCACGUCCGCGAAGCGGCCAACGUGGCUGUUGCUGACGCUGAAAGGGUCCCGCACGUGUUGCGGCGAGCAGCUGACGUGGAUGCGGACGACCCUGCCACGUGGCGCGAGCUCACGCUUCCGUCGCGAGGGCUUUCCAGGUUGAAGUAUAGAUUAUCUCCUGGCUCGGCACUGUUUGGACACCGCCAGCAGCAUCGAGUUAGGAGAUGUUUCAACCACACACCCACCCCCCUCUCCUCCCUCUCCCCCCUCUCAACCCUCUCCCCCCUCUCCCCCCUCUCCCCCCUCUCCCCCCUCUCUCCCCUCUCUCCCCCCUCUCCCCCCUCUCUCCCCUCUCUCCCCCCUCUCCCCCCUCUCCCCCCUCUCUCCCCAACCCCUGCCCUCAUCCCUCAGGGUCUCGCGUCCUGCGUGUCUCUGCGCUGGCUGGACAUUGCUAGCAACAGCGUCUCCUCGCUUCAGCCGCUCACGUCCCUCACAGCCCUCCUGGUCCUAAAAGCAAGCCACAACAUGGUGGCAGACGUCUCUCCUGUCACCCGCCUGGCGAAGCUGCAGGCGCUCAUUCUCAACAACAACCUGCUAGGCUCGCUCUGCAAUCUAGCUCCUCUCACUGCCCUCAACACGCUGGUGCUUUCCCACAAUGAGCUGCCUGCUCUCGGCAACUCCUUGCGUGGCCUCUCUGCCCUCAAGAAGCUCUCCCUGUCCAGCAACGGUCUCACAUCGCUCACCAACGAUCUCAGCGGAUGCAUGUCACUGGAGGAGCUGCGUCUGGCACACAACCACAUCUCGGUCCUCUCCCCCGCCCUCUCCUCCCUCACACGCCUCCGCAUCCUCGAUCUCUCCUCCAACCGAAUCCCCUCCCUCAAGCUCCUCUCCCUCGCCACGCUCGCUGCCUUCCCCCGCCUCUCCUCCCUCUCUGUCCGCGGCAACCCUCUGCUAGGGGACAAUCCUUCCAAGGUUGAAGCCCAGAUUCUCACGCACCUGCCUCGCUUGCGACUGUUAGAUUCGCGAAAGGUGGGGAAGGGAGGAGGGAGGGGGCGAGAGGCAGAGGGGGCUGGGCAGGAGUGUGAGGUUCUGGGUGAUAGCAGCGGAGAUGCUACUAUGGAGGAUGAGGAGGCGAAAGAAACGAAGGGAGAGGCGGGGAAAGGGAAGAAGAAUGGGCAGAAGAAGAAGCAGGGGAGUGAACAGGGGGAGGAAGAGGGGCAGAAGCAGGAGGAAGGGGGAAAGGAGGGGAAGCAGGAGAGGGAGAAGACUGCAGAGGUGGUUAAGGAGAAAGGAGAAGAGACUCACAGUGCUGCUGCUGGUGCUCGUGCUGUUGCUGGUGCUGCUGGUGAUGCUGCAGCGGAGGCGGCGGGGAAGAGCGCGAGGAGAGACAAGGCCAGGGCGGAAGUGGAGGCGAAGGUGAUGCAUGGGAGUGAACUGCUGCUGCCUGUGAUGGUGGACAGGAAGGGAGGGAAGAGGGAGGUGAAGGGGGGAAAUGAGGGAAAGGAAGGGGAAGCGAAGAGAGAAGGGAAGAAAGGAGGGGAUGGGAAAUGGGAGGUUGCGAAGGGGGUGAAGAGAAAGUCAGAAGUGGUGGUGGGGAGUGGGGUGGGGAAAGUGGAGGAGGACGGUGUGUGGAUGGCAGAAGGCAGGGCAGGGUUGCCAGAGAUUAAGGCAGGGAAUGUCAGGGUAACAGAGAAGGUGAAGGGAAUGGAGAAGAUGGGGAAGAAAGGAGGCAUAGCGAAGGCGUUGAAGAGUGAGUGGAUUGACACGAUUGGGGAGGGAGGAGAGUCAGCUUGGGACUGA